AUGGAGCCGUUGAGCGCACUCAGCAUCGCAACUGCUGUGAUUCAACUCGUGGAAUUUGCGACCAAGCUCGUUUCCAAAGGCAAAGAACUGUACACGAGUGAGAAUGGGGUUCUGGCGGACCAUGCGGAGAAGGCUGCAAUCUCGUCAAGGCUGAACAGUUUAUCCAAAGGGCUGCUCCUUUCAAUAAACGGCAUUGCAACGUCACAAAAAUUAUCACCGGCUCAGGAGGGCCUACGACAGGCUGCGGAGGAGACUCAUGCCUUUGCAGAAGAUUUACUAGCGACACUCGAUCGGCUCAAAGUCGAUACCUCGAAGCGAAAAUGGGCGAGCUUCCGUCAGGCGCUGAAGAGUGUCUGGACCAAGGACCAGUUGGAGGGAAGAAUGGCCAUGCUCGAUCGCCUUGGUCGGGUAGUCGUUAUCCAUCUUCUAAUGAUUCUCAACGAGGGACAGAUCAAGGCUGUUGCUACGAUGGAUGAUGCUCUUCGAAGCAUGGAAGACAGAAUCCAGAACACCCUCCUGCAGCAUAGAGGUGGAAUCGAAGAAACAAUUGACCGGCUGCAGCAAAGAUUAGACAGUACGGCCAUUCAAACCACAACCCAGACAAAGGAUACCGGUGAAGAGAAGCGAGCAAAGUUACUCGAAGAAUGGGCACACGAUCACAGAGAUGUGCUUUCGCAAAUUACCCAGACAAUCCAACGAAGCCAAUUGGAUCAACACCAAAAAUCCUUCAAAAAGAUGUUCAUCAAGAGCUUGAGUCUUCCGAAAAUGUAUGACCGGCAGAACAUGAUAUACGACAACCACGAUUCUACGCUAGGCUGGGUCUUCCAGACAUCCACAGAAAUGUCGCGAACAUGGUAUGACCUUCCCAGAUGGCUUCGUGAGCCCAAUGGUCUAUACUGGGUAUCAGGCAAGGCUGGGUCUGGGAAAUCCACCUUCAUGAAGUGGCUUCUUCAUGAGCCGCGCACAGAGGAAGCUCUUAGAGCAUGGGCCGGAGACAGGCAGCUUCUGGUUGCUUCGCACUUCUUUUGGAGCUCGGGUACACAGGACCAAAAAUCAAUGUCUGGCAUGCUCCGUGGCCUUUUGCAUGAGCUGUUGAUUCAGUCGGCAGAUACGAUAUGGGAGCUUUCGCCUUCCAGAUGGCGGGCUUGGGAUCUCGAUCUGGGGUACUUCCCUGCAUGGUCUGACGACGAACUAUUAAGCACUUUACAAAACCUCCUCUGUCGCCACCGCCAUGAUUAUAGGAUAUGCCUGUUUAUCGACGGACUGGAUGAGCUUGCUGGAGACGAUGAUCAGCGCGAGAACGCGUUUCGCCUUCUACAUGCUUCAUCCCAAGAGCCUCAUCUUAAAAUUUGCGUCUCUAGCCGCCCGUGGGAGCUAUUCAAAGACAAUUUUUCAUCCUACCCUCAUCUCCGCCUGGAGGAGUUAACAAGUCCGGAUAUCCAGCGAUAUAUCAACAAAAAACUACAAGCAAAUGAGAGGUUUCUAGUUCUCCGGCAACAGGAUGCACCACUCUGCACUCAACUGGUGCGAGAGAUUAUUGAAAGAGCAAAGGGCGUUUGGCUUUGGGUCGUUCUAGUCACCCGUUCACUCUUGCGAGGCCUGAAAAACCAUGAUACAGUUGCAGACCUAUUGAACCGCUUAAGAGCCGUGCCUGAGGAAUUGGAGGUGUACUUUCUUCAGAUGUUCUAUAAUAUCGAGCCGUUCUACCGCCCCAAAGCCCUCAAGCUUCUCAAAAUGGCUUUGAAUUUCCCCGGAACUAUUUCGUUGAUGACGUACUCCUUUGUAGACGAGAACGACCAGGCGUCGCCGACCACAGCACUUGGGCUAUGGACGGAUGAGGGUUUGAAUCAGCGGCUCCAAAGGGCCGAGAGCAGAGUCAACGUCUUUUGCUUGGAUCUACUCCAAGCCUCGUACUAG